GUUGGUGGUCUGACUCACACUAGUGUCGUCACCACAACAAACAGACGGGGACGGGCGGGGCAGCUGCUCUUAUUUACCUUUACCACCCAAUAACUUGCAGGAGGCAGAAGGAAGUAGAAAUAAGAGGAAUAAAUAAGAAUGGAGGCGGAGCUGCCGACAGAAUAUGACGUCAUCGUGGUUGGUACAGGACUGGUGGAGUGUAUAGUGGCAGCAGCCUCGGCACGUGUUGGCAAGAAGGUCCUUCACAUUGACAAAAAUGACUACUAUGGGGGCCAGUGGGCAUCCUUCACACUGCGGAACAUUGAGCAGUGGGUGGAGGAACACACAGCAUCACACCAGGAGACAAAAAACACAGAAGAGUGUGCACUAGAGGAAGGAGAGAAACUAGCACCAACAAGCGAUCCUCGGCGAGUUUACUCUAAAGUCAAGCUUUCCUGGCACGCACAGAAAGCUCCGAGACCCUCAAUCAACAACACGUGUAGUUCGGAGGAUGAUUCCAAGUUGAAGUCUUGCAGUGAUGAAGCUCCAACAGCGAGUGAAGAAAGUGCAACUAAAGAUGACUCGGGGGAAGGUUCAAGCGAAGAGACUACUACACCAAAGGCCGAAACCAAAGACGAAGCUAAAGAAAUCAAGACAUGGUCGCAGGAGGAGAUGAUGCAGCUCUCCAGAAAGUUUAACCUGGAUUUGGCUCCUAAGCUGUUGUUUUCCCGUGGCGCUCUUGUCGAACUUCUCAUCUCCUCCAAUGUUGCCAGGUAUGCAGAGUUUAAAUGCAUCACCCGUGUACUGACAUGGUUGGUGAAUGGCGGGGACGAGGGAAGCUUACUGGUGGUGCCGUGCUCUCGUAGUGACGUCUUCACCACCAGCUCCGUCUCCCUGGUAGAGAAGAGACUCCUCAUGAAGUUCCUCGAGUUCUGUCACAGUUACGACCAACAGCCAGAGCAGCUAGAAGAAUAUGCUGACAAGCCAUUUGUUGACUUCCUGAAGUCCCGUAAGCUCACCGACAAUAUAACACACUUUGUGACGGAUUCUAUUGCCAUGGUAGUGGGCGAUGUGCCUUGUAAGGAAGGGUUGGAAAGGAUGAAACUGUUUCUCACAAGUUUGGGCCGCUAUGGGACUACACCCUUCCUGUUUUCUAUGUAUGGCUGUGGGGAGCUUCCUCAAGCCUUCUGUAGAUUAUGUGCGGUGUUUGAAGGAACAUAUAUCUUACGACGGCCAGUGUCAUCACUCAUCAUCAACUCUGGAAACACUUGCCUUGGUUUAGUGUCUGAGGGGCAGCGUUUUAAGUGUUCUCACCUAGUGAUAGACGCUGCCUACGCCCCACAGGAGUACGCUGCUAUUGGGAGUUCACCCAAGCAGCCGAGUUUAUCCCGAGGAAUAUUUAUUAUUGAUAGGUCCAUCCUGCCCAAUGAAAAAGAACAACUGACCCUACUGCGUCUACCUGCCAAGGACGGUAACCCCCAGAUAGUGACCAUCCUUGAAGUUGGAGGAGGCUCUGGUGUCUGUCCCAAAGAUUUAUACUGUGUGCACAUGACUUGCCAGGGGUAUGAUGCAGAGGAGGAUCUGAAGAUUGCAGUACAGCGGCUCUUUGGCUGUGGAGCUACCAGCCAGCCAACUGUCCUCAUGAGUCUGUACUUCAACCUGGUUGAUUUGUCUGCUUGUGAUUUGGUGAGUGGCGCCCCAACUAAUGUAUACCUCUGCUCUGGGCCGGACACUGAACUGGACUAUGACUUUGCCAUUGACCAGGCCAAGAAUGUGUUUACACGCAUGUUCCCGGAGGAGGAGUUCUUGCCCAGAGCUCCAGACCCAGAUGAAAUAGUGUUUGACAAUGCUGGAGCAGAACCCAAAGAUGGAGACAAUUUUGACAGUAACACAAAGAUGGGAGAGAAGGACGAAGCUACUGUGAAUCCUGAAAAUCGUACAGAUGAAGAGAAGGCGUUGGCUGCAGAUGAAGUUUUAUCAUCGACCAAAGAAGGCAGUAGUUGAGAAGAGGAGGAGGCUGGACCUUAAGGCAAAACACAUUAGCAGUUACUGAACACUCAAAACAAGAAUUAAUAUUUGCAUUUUAGCUUUUUACUUCUAUCUUUUCUUGCCCAUGGGCGUGUGAAAAUAUAAUCUUAUCAUUCCAUUGUUGUUGCAUCUUGUUGAGUGACUGCAGUACGCAUUUUCAGUCUGUGAUUCCAACAUUCUAUUCUAGGAGUUUUAGAUAUCGUAUACAUGCAAACAUUGUAUACACACUAAUCAUUACAGGUUCCUUUACGUAUAUAAAUAGUGCGUAUUUCCUCAUUCUUGCUGUUAAUGGGUGCGACAGUCAGGUAUUUAAACCAAGCCAACACGUUACUGUCCCAGCCUUUGAUGUGGUUGGACUCCACUUUCAUAAUUAUUAACCACCUUCCUGACAUAGCUACUCAGUUGUCAAGCACACCAUUUCAUUAUUUAUUAUCAUUUAUUGUCUUGCUGACUGUGAUUAAUUAUUGGUUGCAUUCGAUGUACUGUAUGGUGAUUAUUAACUAUAAACACUAUUAUAACAGGUGGGAGUAGACAGCCAGUGAUGAAGGAAAUGAAUCACAAUAUAAACUACGUUAUUUCUAUAGCUUACACAGAGCGACAAUUGUCUCCCAUAACCCCAACUUCCCAUAGUUCACAAAUUGUCCUGACACUUGCAGCACCUCGAGAGAACUCAUUUUGCUGAGUUUGUUAUGGUGACACCGCACACGUUGUCGUCAAAGACAGUGCGUGGUGGCCUCUCAAACAACAAGCCACUAGGUAUGGCAGACUGAUGGUGUGCGAGUUCAGUAACUGUCUCAGUCACUUUUUCGUGCACUAAUAAAUACAAGAUAAAAAAAUGUCUUUUCUUUAUCUAUAAUAUAUAUCAUUAAUUUCCACAAGACAGAGAAAAGUAAGGGUUACACUUGAGCUAACAUGGGCUGUGAGAUAAAGAGAACCUUCAGCUGUACUUCAUAGUUAGAAGGUAAGAGUUCCUACUGUGUUAUUAGAGUUACAAGUAAGAGGUCUGGGGCUGCCCCUACUAAGAGUGUUGUGCUGGAAAAUGUUAUUUGGACUGAAGAAUUCCGACAAUAAAUCGGCUGCAUUUAUUCUGACAGUUACCCUGGUUAAUGGUUCAGGACGAGGGAUAUGGUUGAGGUAACUGAGGAUUGACAACUAUGGAGAUAAAUGACCAAAGAGGUUGAACCUGAAUUAAAAGAAACUAGAAUAAUAAUAAUACGAAGGCUAAGGAUACAUUAGCCGAGAUUCAUUCCCACAUCUUUUCACUCAAACCAUCAGUUUUGGGUUACUUCACUAAGUUAACAGAUUGAAUGCUUGUUCUUUUCGACUUUACUGUUGGUGCUUAAGUCUUUUGACUCAUGGCUGCUGUAAAUCAAGCCUCUUUACCCUUUGAGUCCUGGAGGAUUAACUCAUCAUCAGAGAGUUAAAUUAUUAUCCUGAAAGGAUUAAAUUAUCAUCCUCAAAGUUAAAUCUUCUUCCUUAAAGGGUUAAAUUACCUUCCUCAAAGGGUUAAUCUCCAUCCUUUUCCACAUUUAAAGGUUAACAAUCAUCUUAAUUUAGUCUUCUAUCUUGUCCCUCCACAUUUUUUAAGGUUGAAAAAGUGAAAACUCGCAUUACAUAAAAGCACACAUUUUAAGACUAUUUUAUGAAAAUUUUGGGCUAGACUGUUUUAAGGAAUAUAGUGGUAGAUAUAAAUUUGCACAAAGGGAACUGUGAUAGUAUAUUUAUCCGAGUGACACCAACAGCUACCACACGAGCUAUACAGGUAUUAUUCUGUACUAUCUUCACUUCCAUUUGUAUUCAUCUGAUAUGGUAAAGUAAUUAUUUUUUUAUUACAGCCACUCCCAUCAAGAUACUCUAAACAUGAUCUAUGAUGAAUCUAUAGGUAUCCAGGUUAUUGCAAGCUUAUAGGGACUGGCCUGUCCGGAUGUUCAUCUUGUCUUAUUUAAGUCUGCAAAAUGUGCCACAUUCUCACGAGAAAUGUCUUGUAAUUAGAUGGUUUGGGUUAAAAUUUGUACUACAGGUUGUACCUCUCUAGUCCCGCAUUCUGUGGUCCGGAACGAUUUUAGUUUGUCCAAAAGGCAGCCUUUUUUUUUUACUUAU